GGCUACCCUUGCCUCCUAGUGCCACAGUGGAGGCUAGGGGAGCAACCGGCCUUCCUCCCCAAAAGGUGGUCAGGGUUAACCGCACUUUGCCCAGGUCACUGAAGCCUGCAGCUGAGCUUGGGGAGAAUGGGCCGUCUCUGCUCCCAGGCACCCAGGAACUACUGGAGAGAGACAGGAACCAGCCUAUGAGACAGGGGCUUAAGGAGGAGGUUGGAGAAGACACGCGUUUGGCAUAAACCGGGGGCCCCUCUCUGCGCUCACCGAGCCGGCGGCCUGGGCGGUGCUGAGCCUGCCCCUGGCGGCGUUCGCCUGGGACAGCGCCUGAGCGGUGGCCGAUCCCACCUGGAUGUCCCGGGUCGGCUCCCACCACGCCGUCCCCGGCCGCAGUGGGGAGAGGCUCGCGCUGGUCCUUGCCAUACUUGGCUGCUGCCGGGCUCGGGGUCCCGCGUCGUACACGCCCCAUCAGCCCUGGCCGCCGCUCCUGAGGGAACGCCCCGGGGAGCCGUUCCGGGCCCCGACGCUGCGGGCCCCGGAGCCAAGAGAAGAAGCAGGUCCCAGGGCCGACUCCGCAGCAGCAUCUCCAGCUUUUCCGGGAAGCAGAGGCCGCCGCCGGCCACAGUCGUGGGUGAGAAGAAGGGCGCGAGGCGGCCGGGGCUCCUGCCGGGCACCCCAAGUGCGGCCAGGCUUCUCCAUGACAGCUGCGGCCCGGGCUGCCUGGGGCCUGGGACUCCGGCGCGGUCCGGCCGCGAGAAAGGCAGGCGCUGCCCCAGUGGAAGGGGCAAGGCUGCGGCUCCGGCCACCGGGCGGGGGCACAGAAACGAUCCCGGCGCCGUCUGAGCGCCCAGGUCCGUUCCUGCCGCGGCCAAGAGACACCCGAGAGCGCCGGCGGCUGGGGGACCAGAGGGCCCUGCAACUCACCAGGCGGCCUCGCGGCGCAAAAGCGGGCGGAGCCAGAGAAGGGGCUCGGCUAGGCGGCCACGCUCCCUCCCCGGAGGGCGGCGGGACUCGGAUUUCGCCGCUGGUUUUAAAAUUGUGCCUGCGGAGCCCAGGACGCUGGGAGGAGCGUUCUGCGCCCCUCCGGUCGCGGUCUCCGCACUAAACCGACUUCCAGAGCCGCCUCUGCUCCCUGUAGGGGCGGAGGGGCGGGCACCGAAGUCCCACCAAGUCGCAGGUCCUCAGCCUGGGGCAUGCUUUCUAUGCUCCGGAUGCAGGGGGGUACUCUGCCUCUCUGCUCCCUGGGGGCCAAGGCGUGCGCUGCAGGCUGGAGCUGCGGCUCCGAGGCUUCCAGGAGCCCCGGCCCCGCCGUCGGUGGAGAAACGCUGGGGGCUUCGAGGUCGCGGCUUCCGGAAAUCCGGUUACUGAGCGGAGUUGGGGGUCAGGUUCCAAAGGGAUAGCGCCCCGGGUUGUAAUCACCAUCCGGCCCGCCGCUUCUGCAGCCGCGAGUCUACAGCGGAGCUGUUGGGUGGACCAAGCGGGUGAGGCGCGGGCAGGCAGCGGCUCCGCCUCGUAAUCCUCCUCCGACCGGUGCCCAGGGGCUGGCCCCACCUUUCCCUCGGUCACCCACCAACGCCGCUCCCUCGAUCCCCAGCACCCCUCCAGGCCCAGUUCGCUUCAGAGGCGCGAGACCCGGAAAACAAGGAAGAAGCGAGCUCAGCCUCAAUCCCCGUCCCCACCCCACUUUCGGGGCCGCUGCGCUGGAGAAUUGAAGGGGGUGGACCCCGGAUUAAAGCCGCUCCCUUCCCAGCCUCGCUCCUCUUUCCUUCUGUCCGUGAUGAUUUCUUUAUUGUCAGGCGAGAGCCAGGCUCCCCGCGCUCACGGGACCGGGCGGUUGGGAGCAGGUUCUGGAGCUCACGCCUGGCGUAGGCGGAGGUGACCCCAGCGCCCUCGCCCGUGCAGGGGAAACAGCUGGUUCCCGCCCGGAUGGGGAAACCUGGACUGCGUGGGCUCGGGCGCCUGGCAGGCAUGCGGGGCCUCUAAGGCUUGGCCACUGUCACGGGUCCUGUGGUUGUUGCUUCCCCCCUCGCCACGCCCUUCUCCUGGGACGGAGAUUCAUUCCCUGGCGGGUGUCGGGGACCUGGGCGCAGAUUCAUUCCCUGGCGGGUGUCGGGGACCUGGCGCUCUUGCAGGGACGCCCCCCGGAGUCUGAUACGUGGACUUUAAGAUCAGACGCUUCGGGGCCGGGCUGGGAAAAACUGGCGGAAAAUAUUACAACUCUACUCUCAAUGCCAGGCUGUUGUAGAAGCUCCUGGGACAAGCCGUGAAGUCUCCGCAGGAGGCUUCAGAGAUAUACUAGGCGGCUGCUCAGUUCGCCAAGGUCUUUUCCAUUGACUCACAAGCGCCGCCUGGAGGAGGAGGCCGCGCUGGACGCGCCGGCGGCGCCUUUGCCUGGGGGAGCGCAGCCCCGAGCUGUGGCGUGGCCGCGCUGGGAGCGGCGUGUCAGAGGCUGGGCCUGGGGACCCGAGGUUGGGCGGGGCGCAGGAGGUGGGCUCAGGGCUCUCCAGAGCACCCCCCUGAGCUGACCCGCAGGACUGCCGGGCCAGUAGGCACGGGGCCCGCGCGGUGACCUGCGGCCCCGAGGCUGGAGCAGCCACUGCAAACGCCGCGCUGGCCCCAAACACUGCGUCCUUGAAAUGUUUUAAUUAAGAAUAAUUAAUAGGGCCGGGAGUGGAGGCUCAAGCCUGAAUCCCCAGCACCUGGCGAGGCCGAGGUGGGAGGAUCCCUUGAGCCCAGAGGUUCAAGACUAGCCUGGGCAACACAGUCAGACUCCAUCCCUACAAAACAAACAAACGAAAAUAAAACAAACAAAAUGAAAUUAGCCCGGCGUGGUGGCGCGGGCCUGUGGCCCCAGCUCCUCGGGAGGCUGAGGCAGGAAGAUGGCUUGCGACCGCACCACUGCACUCCAGCCUGGGAGACAGAGCAAGACCCUGUCUCAAAAAAUGUGUAUGUCUGGGUAAAUGUAUAGAUUUUAAAACUAUUUUGAAGGCGGCCUUUUUAACUUUAAACUGACCACUCUGGAGGAGACGCCUGACCCAGAGCGCUUUCCCUAAAGUUCGGUGCCCAAAGUGCACCUUCCCAUGGUUGGGGUUUCUGCCUUUCGCCAAGCCUUGCCUCUUGCGGAAGUGGGCUCCAUAGUGUCUCCCGCUCCGCCCCAACUGGAGAACAGUGUAAAUUGUCGGCCGGGCGCGGGACCUCAUGCCUGUAAUCCCAGCACUUUGGGUGGCUGAGGCGGGCAGAUCGCUUGAGGUCAGGAGGUCGACACCAACCUGCCUAAACAUGGUGAAACCCCGUCUCUACUAAAACUACAAAAAUUAGCCGGGCGUGGUGGCGGGCGCCUGUAAUCCCAGCUACUCAGGAGUCUGAGGCAGCAGAAUUGCCUGAAUCCGGGAGGCGGAGGUUGUAGUGAGCCGAGAUCGCGCCACCGCACUCCAGCCUGGGCAACAAGAGUGAGACCGCGUCUUAAAAAAAAAAAAAAAAAAAAAAAAAAAAAAAGAAUUGUCAACCAGAGGGAGCGGCAAUUCAGAAGCACGCUGAAGCCAAGUCCUCAAGACUAGAAAGCAUGAAGCAGGGGAGGCGUUUUGAAAGCGUAAGGACAAAAGACCAUGGGCCUGGAUGGCUGAUUCCGGGAUCAGCAUCGUAAUUUGUUGAGAAGGAGGCCGUGCUGUGCUGCCAGUUAUUAAUGGGUUUAAUCGGUUGAUACACAGCCCUACUGGCCUAACCAGCCCAGGGCCCGAGAGGAUUUGCAGGUCGUGUCAGAAUUUGAUUGAAGUUCCUUCCACUUGGCAUAAGGAGACACCAUCAGCCUGAUUGAGAGGGUCAUGGUGAGAUGGAGCCCGCCAAGGUGGCAGCGCUGAGCUGACCAGGCCACGGACCAUAGAGUGGGAGCCUUUCCUGCCCCCUUAACCGCAGCUAACAUCAAAAGCACUGGUAUGGGCUGUCUAACUGGAACCUGAGUUGGUCUUUGUAAUUACGAUUCUUUUGGGUUUAUUUUGCCAGUUCAUUAUCCACCCCUCUGAAAUCAGGCCUCCCAAAUUUAACAGGUGCUGGGGAGGACCCCAGGGAGUGGCUUGUGGGGGCUAGCUGGUGAAACUGCCCUUUCCUUUCUGUUCUAUGAGUGUGAUGGUGUUUGAGAAAUAUGGGGCUAUGGUUCAGGCACACUUCACAUGUGCAAAGAUGGAGAAAGCACUCACCUACACAUUUAGGCUCAGAAUAUUGAUUGAAACAUUUUGAAAUAUCAAAAAUAAAAUGUUAUUUUUAAAGUUUCUCUGAGAUUUCGCUUAAGUUUUGGUAGAUAUUCUUAAAUUUUAGUGACCUCAGUUUGGGAAUUCAGUAAGCCAAAUAUUGUAUCCUUAUUAUUAGUUAUAUAGAACUAUGCCUUAGACUUUGUUAGAAACUUCUGCUUCAGCUUGACUGACUCAUUUUCCAUUUCUGGUUGUACAAAAUGAACUGACAUUUUAAUGCUGU